UAGAGAAGAAGAACAGAGGAAAAAGAUGGUUCUCUUAAGAAAAGCAUGUAUGGUGGCCUGCUGCCUGGCCGUCCUCUUGAUGACCACACAGGCGAACCGCGAGGGCAAAAGCGUCUGCAACGCCAAGCUGAAGGUGACGCAUAAUUACCAGGCAGUGACCCCUGGUGUUCUGGUGGGGAACAGCAACAUUCACACCAGGUCCCUGUCUCCCUGGACAUGGAGGAUAAACUUUGAGGAGAAGAGGAUCCCCAAGACUAUCUCCGAGGCAGUCUGCAGCUCCAACUAUUGCAUAGACCCCAACAGCAGGCCUGACUGGGCCCAGCAUGAAGUUAAGCUGAACUCUGUGCCUAUAGCACAGAACCAGCUGGUGCUGCACUUCAACAAGACGCUUGACUGCUACAAGGCCUCCUUCAUCUCCGUCACUGUGGGCUGCACCUGCGUCCGGGCCAGAAUGGAAUAAACAACCAAUCAAAAUGAGAAAUUAAUCAUAGUUACCUGUGUUUUU